AUUUGCAAUCAUUUGAGACUACAGGAGCUGCUGAGAUGAUUGUGUGCUCCAUUCUUCUCUUGUUGUUCUGCAAAAACCAUGUCAGUCUAGCAGACGUCUUCAUGCAGCCUCACCAGUCAGUUAGAGCCCAGCUGGGAGGUUCAGUAAACUUGGCGUGCCACAUGAAGAUAUCUUCUCAGUACUCCUACAUUUGGAUUAAAUACACCCAAGGAGAAUUGCCUGAAACCAUUGUGUUCUGGUCAAAUCAUGAGGAUAGGACUCUUAAAGGAAAUGAUGGGAGCACACGAUACCAAGUGAUGACAAGCCUCAGCUCCUUCAAUCUCUCCAUUAAACAUCUCAACGCUUCAGAUUUGGGCACAUAUUACUGUGGAGUGGUGAAGCCUGAGUCCAUCUUGUUUGGUAGUGGAACUGAGAUCUGCCUAUCAGGUAAGGAAACAAUUAGAGGAAUUUUUCAGCCUCCUGUUUUGAAACCAGUCCAGUAUGGAGACGACGUGACUUUGAAGUGUAUAAUAAACAGAAGAGUGUUUGGAGAUGCACAUCAGGUAUUCUGGAUUCAUCGCACCAUCGGAGGUUCCUAUCAGACUAUAAGAAGCACUCAUGCAAAUAGGAGGAAAUGUGCUGAUAAAUCUCAGGAGUGUGUCUUCAGCCUUCAAAAGAAGAAUUUCAGCUUCCAAGAUGUCGGCACUUAUUACUGCGCUUUAGUGACAUGUGGUGAAGUCAUUCUAGGAAAUGGAACAGAAUUUACUGAUAAAAACAACGCAUUAAAACCUGACCCGAUUGUCCUCGCCCUGGGUAUAAGCAACGCGUUCUUC